AUGAUCCCUAAAAACUACCAGCAUGUCCUGGCCUUCCUUUUUGCUAUUCAUGAGAUCAACAAGAAUGCUGAAUUGUUACCCAACACCACGCUGGGACCCAUGAUUUAUGACAAUGCAUUUAAUUCAAGGCGAAGCUCUUGGGCGACUCUAAAAUUUCUCUUUCCAGGACAAGGGAGUCACAUCAAUUACAAAUGUGUCAGGGAAAAGAAUCUAAUGGCUGUCAUUGGAGGUCUCACCUCCCAAAACUCCAUCCAGAUGGGCAACAUCUUGAACACAUACAAGAAACCACAGCUCAGCUACGGCUCCUUUGAUCCAGUGCUGAAGGACAAAAUUCAGUUUCCUUCUCUCUAUGGACUGGUCCCAAAUCAAGAUCUUCAGUAUGUUGGGCUUGUUCGGCUCCUCAAGCAUUUGGGAUGGAUCUGGAUUGGCCUCAUGGUGUCAGAGGAUGACAGUGGAGAAACCUUCCUUCGGAAACUGAGACCAAGGCUCUUGCACAAUAACAUUUGCAUUGCCUGGACACAGGUGAUCCCACUACUGACAGCAUUUUCACAAAAUGACCAAGAGAAAUUGGGACUAAUUCAAUCAACUCUCUCCAUGAGUGAAAUCAAUGUCAUUCUUGUCUAUGGAGACAGACAGUCUCUUGAGGGGUUGCAAAUAGUUUUAUACUCUGAAGAAAUUGUUUUUAUGUACCCUGUAGAGAAGGUGUGGAUCACAACAGCCGAAUGGGAUUUCACUGCUAUAGAAUCUAUUAAAAAAUUCACUACUAAAUCCUUCAAUGGCACCUUGUCAUUCAGACUGCAUACAAAUGUUGUGCCAGGAUUUCAAGAUUUUGUUGAUACGAUCAAUCCUUUCCAGUCUACUUUUUAUUUCAUCCAUCAAUUCUGGCUCAGUGCAUUUCUCUGUUCCUUCCCUAUGUUUAACCUCUAUGUGCCAAACAAGGAGAACUGCACUGGAGAGGAGAACUUGUGGAAUCUCCCUGGAUCUGUAUUUGAAAUGAGGAUGUCUGGCCAGAGCUACAGGAUCUACAAUGCUGUUUAUGCUGUCGCAUAUGCUCUCCAUGCCAUGGAUCUAUCUAGAACCAAGAAGAAUGCAAGGAGAGAUGGAGGAACAUGGAAGCUCUGGAAUGUUCAGCCAUGGCAGCUUCACUGGUUUCUGAGAAACAUCCGUUUUAACAAUAGUGCUGGUGAAGAAAUAUUUUUCGAUGAUAAUGGGGACCUGGCAGGGGGAUACGAUCUCAUCAACUUGGUCACCUUCCCCAAUGAAUCCUUCCAGAGGAGACGAGUUGGAAAGGUGGACCCCCAGGCUCCUGCAGGGAAAGAGUUCAUCAUUAAUGGAAGCACCAUUGUGUGGAACCACAAAUUUAAUCAGAUUCCGCCCAGUUCCACCUGUGUCGAGAGCUGCUAUCCUGGACAGAGCAUGGCCAUCCAGCAGGGGAAGCCAGUGUGCUGCUAUGAUUGCAUUGAAUGCCCCCAAGGGAGGAUUUCCACCCAGGUUGAUGCCAACCAAUGCGAGAUGUGCCCAGAAAAUCAAUAUCCAAACAAGUAUAAGGACCAAUGUAUUCUUAAAGUCAUGAGCUACUUAUCCUUUGAGGAGCCCUUGGGAGUAGUUCUGGCAUCCUUAGCUCUUUUCCUUUCUGUGAUCACAAUUGUUGUGAUUGGGAGCUUCAUUCAGCACCAAAAUACUCCCAUCGUUAAAGCCAACAACUGGAGCAUCACAUGUGCCCUGCUUUCCUCUCUGCUGCUCUGCUUUCUCUGCUCCUUCUUAUUCAUUGGGUGGCCGGGGAAGGUGACCUGCCUGCUGAGGCAAACAGUGUUUGGCAUCAUCUUCUCUGUUGCUGUUGCUUGUGUGUUAGCAAAGACCAUCACUGUGGUUUUGGCCUUCAUGGCUACAAAACCUGGAAACAGAAUGAGGAAAUGGGUUGGGAAGAGACUGGCUGUAUCGGUCAUCAUUCACUCUUCUCUUAUUCAAACUGGCACCUGUGUUGUAUGGUUGGCAACUUGUCCCCCCUUCCCCGAGUUCGACAUGCAUUCCAAAAUUGAUGCGAUCACAGUUCAAUGCAAUGAAGGUUCUGCUCUUAUGUUCUACAUUGUCCUGGGCUACAUGGGGUUUUUGGCCAUCAUCAGCUUCACGGUGGCUUUCUUUGCCAGGAAGUUGCCUGAUACCUUCAAUGAAGCCAAGCUGAUCACUUUCAGCAUGUUGGUCUUCUGCAGUGUUUGGGUGUCUUUUGUGCCAACAUACCUGAGCACUAAGGGGAAAUACAUGGUGGCUGUGGAGGUCUUCUCCAUCUUGGCCUCUAGUGCUGGCUUAUUGGGUUGUAUCUUCCUCCCCAAAUGCUACAUUGUUAUAUUUAGGCCUGAGCUGAACACCAGAGAUCAGUUAGUAAGGAAAAAAUAA